AUGAUGCUGGACUCCGUUAGCCAUAAUACCUUCCUGCCAAACACAGUGAUGUGUGACUCCUUGACGUCUUGGUCAGAAGUAUUUGGAACAGUGGAUGAACAGUAUUCACUAUUUGAUCGUCAGACAGCUUGUGAUUCUUCCUGGACAUCCAUGCAUCCAGAAUACUGGACGAGACACAACGUCUGGGAGUGGCUACAGUUUUGCUGUGAUCAAUACAAACUGGAUGCUAACUGCAUUUCCUUUUCCCACUUCAACAUAAAUGGUCACCAGCUAUGUUGUAUGACCCAAGAUGAAUUUUUAAAUGCUGCAGGAAUUUGUGGUGAAUACCUCUACUUCGUUCUCCAAAACAUCAAGACUCGUGGCAUCUCCUUCUUUCAGGACAAUGAAGAUACAAAGUCAUCAGAAAAAGACUAUAAUGAUAAGGCAUGUUUGAGAACAGGUGGCAUCAAGAGUCAAGAGUUUCAAGGUCACAAUAGAACAAGUCUGCAGAGUUCUCACUUAUGGGAAUUUGUACGAGAUCUUCUUCUGUCCCCUGAGGAGAACUCUGGUAUCCUUGAAUGGGAAGACAGAGACCAAGGCAUCUUUCGUGUUAUCAAAUCUGAUGCUCUGGCAAAAAUGUGGGGACAAAGGAAAAAAAAUGACAGAAUGACCUAUGAAAAGCUAAGCAGAGCACUCCGAUAUUAUUAUAAAACUGGAAUUUUGGAACGAGUUGACAGGAGAUUAGUGUACAAAUUUGGAAAAAAUGCACAUGGAUGGCAAGAAAGCAACUCAUGAGAUACUCAUAUCUUUGGACUCACCAUCCAAGAAACAAUGUGAAGGUUGUCCGCAACAGAUGGAAGUACUCUGCUCAGCUUUCCUAGAUCGAGGUGGCCAUAUAUAUUUUGAAUAACUGGCUAAAAUAACCAUUAAUAGACUGUCUGGAUCAGGAAACAUACUGCCUUUGCACUUUUUGUCUAUCAUAUUACCUGCAUGACAAAAACAUCCAUAAAUGGUUUCAAUCUUUCUAGUAAUCUGGUACUGUAUUGCUCUUAAAGCCGAUGAGAGUUGUCAUCAGAACUCAAACCCAACUCCCAGCAUUAUACUUCCAUUUCGAGUUUUAUGGGAUUUUGAAUAGCAUAUUCUUAAUAUCACCUUUAUAAUAGCCCAUGGGUGGGCAACUCAUUGCCAUGAGGGCUGUAUGAAACUCUGUAAUACUUUUUUACAGGUCCAAAGAACC